AUGGUGAAAAAGUAUUAUUGUGAUUAUUGUGAUCGGUCUUUCCCAGACAAUGCCGAGGCUAGACGAAAACACAUAGAAGGAACGCAGCAUCAAAACAACGUAAAAUUACAUUAUGAUUCGUAUAAAGAUCCUGCAGAAUUGUUGGUGGAAAACAGUAAGAAAUCCCCCUGCCGCAAGUUUUUCGAAUCCGGAUAUUGUCCAUUUGGAUUAAGCUGUAAAUACUCGCAUGUUCCGUAUGGAAUUGAUUUUUCUAUAGUCGAUCCCCAUUGUAAGUCAAUUGGAAGUCCCCUCGCUUGCACCGUUUAUUAUCUGCCCAUUGAAAUAUUUUUCCCUUUGACUCUCGUAGUGUAUUUGUUCCAAAAUCCACAUCUUCUUCAGCAGAGACAUUUCCAAACAUCCGAAGAAUCUACUUCCACGCUUCAGCAAAGACCACCGAUGUUUAAAUACAAGCUUCCACCAGGUCUACCGAAGGAUUUACCACCUUCACUAAGACCCCCUCCACCAAACGGUUAUGAUUAUUCUAAUUGCGCUCAGUGGGGCUAA